GUAUUUGCAAUAACGCAAUCUUCCAAGAUGGUCACGCAAAAGUUCUACAAUUAUCAGAAUAACUUAGUAUUUCUAAUUCUUCUCAGCAGUUUAGUCACGCUGCAUGCAUGGGUAUCAAGUUACUUUGUUGGUGCUACCAAAAUCUGGAGUGCAGAUAAUCGCAUGCCAGACGCAUUUUCAGAAUGGAUAAUCUCUUUAAGUCCAAUUGCGGGUGGAGUUUCAGCAUUGCUGAUGGCACAUUAUGUCAAUUUGAACCAUCGACCUUUCUACAUAGGAAUAUUUGCCAUUUUUCACGCUAUAAUUGGAUUGUUGCUCAUUACUCCAAAUCUGAAUCAUGCAAAUAAUGUGCAUUUAAAUCAUAACGCUCGUAAUCAAAUUUUAUGCGAUUCUAAUUAUAACAAUGAUGUGGAAAGUAAUAAUAUUGCAAAUAUGGUGAUGUAUCAGUUUUUUAAUGGAAUAUCGUUCACGUCGAUAGUAACGCUUGGAAUUGUUCAUCUGGAUGAGAAUAAAUAUUUGACACCUUUGUAUAUUGGUUUCAUGGUUUUCACUGCUCAAAUUGGCCGUUUUAUAGGACUUCACCUAAUAUUGACUCCUAAUAUACAAAUAUUUUAUUCAUUUGCGUGGGGGUUACCUAUGACAGGAAUAUUUAUUAUUGGCUUAUUAAUAAUAAUAUUUCCCAAGUACAUGACAAAGAAAAGGAGUAGUCAAACAAUAAGUCAGCAACCAGCCAAAGUUUUUAGUUUCUUUGAUGGUCUGCAUUCUCUCUUCACCUCUAAGCUUUUCCUGUUGAACUCAUUAUCUGCAAUAUUUAUGUAUACUGCCGUCGUUAACUACAGUGCAAUGAGCGAGAAAAUUAAUAUUUCAUAUUAUCUAAAACUCCACAGUGAUAACAACCACCCCAAUGUACUGCAUUUUUGGAUUCUUGUUGUCGUAUCUAUAAUUAUUCUCAUCAUGUCUAAAAUCUUCAUCCGCAAACUGCCCAGUACCAAAUUUUUGGUUUACUGGUUAAUUGCGGCGUACGCAACAAUAUUGGCACUUUUUGUGAAUCAUAAAUUUUUUUCUUGCAACGAUGAAACUAACUUCUUCAAAAACAAUAUUGCUCUGAAAGAAUGCAAUUUUAACUGUGGUUGUGAACCUGACUUUGAACCAGUAUGCUUGGACGGAUACACCUAUUAUUCAGCAUGUUAUGCUGGAUGCACAGUGCAGAAUUCAACCGGUUAUUAUAAUUGCCAAUGUGGAACAAACGACGCCCAUGCUACUCUUGGUUAUUGUAGUGAAACUCUAUGCCUCACAGAUGUAUUAAUUACUCAAUUUAGUUUCGUGAUUAUUUUCUCACUGGUUGUAUGCACUUUCAUGAUCCACGUGCUAAUUGCAAUGCGUACAGUACGCCACCAUAACUUACGCGCAUCUGGAAUUGGAUUUCUUCUUUUGGGAAUCUUGCUCUUUCCAUAUCAUCCGUUCAAAUUAAUCUAUGAAGUGAUAAAUUGGUCUCAUUGUAUGGAAUGGUUUCGCAAUGAAUGUGUAGCAUACACGGAAGAAUUAACUUCGGUUAUUAUUACUACAACUAUCAUAUUCAUGAUUUUGAGUAUAAUUCCAACGAUGUGCAUGUUAUGGUGGGUGCGGAAGAUGGAAAAAACAUCAAAAAUACAAUCAGAAGAUUAUUUAUAUGAACCCACACUUGAAAGCUUACAUGUACCAACAGAAACAGAAGAUUUGUAUAAUGUUAUAAUGGAAACAGAAGAAAAUUCAGAUGAGAUUCCUUCAUCAUCCAAAGAUUAUGAUUAUUUGACAUAAACUGCAUUAAAUACUUUCUAAUCUUAUCAUAUUUUAUCUUAUCCUGUAUGUUUACAGUCUGAGUAAGAAUUCGCCGACUACAGUUCAAUAAAAUAUUCAGUAUAAUGAUCCAUUAGUUAUUACUCAUAAUCCGCUUGCAACAAGAUGGCUAAAUUGUAUAAUGAUCUGCGAUUGAUUUUACUAUGCAGUUUAGCCACAUUGCACGCGUUUUUAACGAGCUACUUCAUAGCCACGAGUAAAAUAUGGCGAUUGCAAUAUGAAACCACGGAUGGAUUCACAGAAUGGAUAAUCUCCUUAAGUCCAAUUGCUGGUGGUCUCUUUGCAUUAGUAUUAUCAAAAUUUCGAAAUUUAAUUCAUCGACCUUUCUUCAUAGUGUUGAUCAUUCUAUACGCGCUUAGUGGUAUGUCACUUAUCAUUCCAGAAUUGAAUGGUUCAAAUAAAGUAUCGAAUUUGACUACUUUGGAGCUAUGUAACAAUAAUGAAUUUACUAACACAAAACAAGAUGAGAAUUAUAACUUUGUCGUUUUGGUGAUUUAUCAGUUGAUUAAUGGCAUAGCUUUUGUAUCGGUCGCUACGUUUGGAAUUGUAGAUUUAGAUUAUAAAACAUAUUUGACUCCAGUGUAUGUAUGUUUGUUGAUUGGUACUACUCAAAUUGGACGAUUUAUAGGACUGAAUAUGUUAUCAGCUUCAAUAUUUAUUAAUAAGUCAAUAUUUAUUUCUUGGGCUUGGUUGUCACCAGUGGCUGGAAUAUUUUUUAUUUGUGGUUUAUUAACAAUUUCCUCUACAAAAUGUACAUCAGGGAAUGAAACCAACAAUUAUGAACAAUUAAAAGUUUUUAGUUUCUUCGGUGGAAUACGUUCCCUGUUCACUUCAAAACUUCUACUUUUAAACAUUUUAUCCGCUACAUUUAUGCAUAUAGGCAUUGUUAACUUCAAUACAAUAAGCAAGGAUCUAUUCGACUCGCGUUUUUUAAAUAGUGGCACAUUUGAUUUCAAUUACAACUACAAUAACCGUUUCAAUCUUUGGAUACUUUUUGGAAUAUUUAUCAUUGUCGUCGUUAUGUCACAAAUUUACGUAUGCAAACUUCCAACUACAAAAUUCUUGGUCAUUUGGUUAAUUACUGCAUACUCAAUAAUACUGACAAUAAUUAUCAGUUAUGCGUUUCUUCAGUGUAACACUGAAACAACUCUAUCUGAAAAUGAAUCAGUUAUAAAAGAAUGCAACCAAAACUGUAGUUGUAAAACUGAGUUUGAUCCGGUAUGUCUUGGAGGAAAUACGUAUUAUUCUGCGUGUUUUGCUGGAUGCACAAAUAAAAAUUCAAGUGGAUUUUUUAAUUGUCAAUGUGGAACAAGCACGGAUUUGGCCUUCCCAGGUUACUGCUACAAAGAAGCCUGCAAAACAAUUGCAAACACAGCGCAGUUUAAUUUGAUGAUUAUUUUUUCUUUGAUUGUGAGCACUUUUAUUGUUCACAUAUUAAUUGUGUUACGUACAGUGAACAAUUAUCAGUUGAGAGCGACUGGUGUGAGUUUUCUCUUUAUGGGAGUGCUGCUCUUUCCGUAUCUUCCGUUUAAAUUUAUCUACGAUUUUAUAAAGUGGUCACUGUGCGCCAAAUGGUUCGAUAAUCAGUGCUUUACAUACACAGAAUAUUUUUCUUUCGGGAUUAUUGCUACUACAGUCAUGUUUAUUAUUUUGAGUCUUAUUCCAACUAUUUGUAUGAUGCGAUGGUUGAAACAAAAUGAAGAUAUCUCAAAAGCUGCAAACACCCAUGAAUCGUUUGAAUUAAAUCUUGAUCAUGUAUAUUUACCUUCUACACGUCAAGAGGAGACGGAAAAUAUUUAUCAAGUUGUAAGCGGCGCGCCAAGAAAGUCUUUACAUAAAUAUGAUUAUUAUGACAGAUCUUAAUUUGUAUGAACAUGCCAUAAAAUAAAAUUAAAAAAAAAUAAAAAUUUUACCUCUAAUAAAAAAAAUUAAAAAAUGAUAA